AGCAUCCAGCUCAGGGGGGGAGACGCACAAACCCAGCUGGCCAUAUUGUGCACCAGAUCCUCGCAAAUCGGCUGCGUCACACUUAAACACACACACACACACACACACACACACACACACACACACACACACACACACACGCUCUCUCUCUCUCUCUCUCUCUCGCACAUACACACACGCACACACAAACAUACAGCAGCGCAAUAAUCUGGAACAAUAAAGCCAGCACAUCGACGGAAGAACACGGAUUGAAAACGCGUCUCUGAGCUGGUGCUUGUUUACAGUCUUUCCGUGCAGGGAAAAUGGUUAAACUGGGGAAUAAUUUCACCGAAAAAAACAACGGGAAGGCGGUUUCUGAGGAUGGAUUUGACACCAUCCCUCUCAUAACACCAUUAGAUGCCAGCCAGCUGCAGUUCCCCCCACCUGAUAAGGUGGUGGUGAAAACAAAGGCAGAUUAUGAUGGUGAGAGCAAGAAGGGAAAGCUACGAUCUCCAAAAAUUGCAGAGUUCUCAAUAAGCAUCAUUGAAGGUGUAUCUGAGCGACUCAAAGUGACCCUGCUGGUGAUCUGUGCCCUGGCUUUCCUGGUGUGUGUGGUAUUCCUGGUUGUCUACAAGGUCUACCAGUAUGAGCAGCCUUGUCCUGACAGCUUUGUUUACAUGCAAGGUCGCUGCAUGCCGGCUGGGCUGUAUGGCAGCUUCCCCCCUCAGGGCCCUGGGGGCCGUGGACGUCUCUUCACCCUCAUCAACCACUACAACAUAGCCAAGCAGACCAUCACACGGUCGGUAUCACCAUGGAUGACCAUCAUGUCUGAGGAAAAGGUAACCCAGCAAGAGACGGAGACUGCCCAGAAACUGGCUUAACCAACCCAGGAUCAGGAGGUGGCCUCUGCUGUUGCAGGAAAAUAAAUAAUAUGGUUGUGCCAUUCAAGCAAACCUGAGAGUCGGUUGGCUUUCUGUUGGUGAAAAAAUAAAAGAAUAUUCUUCUCUUGCUUGAGGUGCUAUGCUGCCUUGUUGAUGUAGUUUGGUCAGCUGUUGUGUACAGUAGCUGGAAGUCUGUGGAAAUUUUGUACACGUUCUCAGCACAGCAGGUCUUAGUAUGGUGGAUUCACGAUUUGUUUGAAUAGCAUAUGUUGUUAUUUAUUUACACAAUAAAACAAAGUGGCAAACAUGUAGAAAAAAAAAAAAACACAGAAACACUGACACAUACACACACCGUCUUUGUACAUACACAUAUGUAACAGAACUCACUUUAGUACUCAGAUUGUGAAAUGACCGUGAGCCAUCCUGUGUGUGCAUUGCUUGUUUAACCGCACAUGCACGCACGACUCCAACAGCAACCAGUUCGCUUUGAAUCUAUCUUUUUUGAGUACUGAUAGAGCAUGUCAGACCUCUUGAGAUCAGGCAAGUGGUAAAUUUCUCACAAAGUGACUAAGCUAGUAGCCACUGGGCUUAUCCGUGCCGAAAUAUUUUAAUGUCAUGAUAUAGCGAAAAGUUGAGGCUUGACCUGAAAGAAAUCUACCAGCAAAAAAAAAAAAGAAAAAAGAAAAAGAAAAAAAGAUUGAACAGUGUUGUUUUUAAUGAUUGUUUUCAUCAUUUGAGCCAUUUGUGAACACCAUAUGCUUUUCUUUGCUGGCUACACAAGACUUACUUUCCACAGCAUAACUUUUAUGCUACUGUAUUGAAUGUUUUUGCUAGUGAAAAACACUGUAUUGCGCAACGCUUCGCACUGAUUACCCUCACCACAGACCUUAGUUAGGCUGAUGUAGUGAAACAUUCUGAAAGUAGUUGCUUGUACUGUUGCUUUUUCCUGUAUUUGUCAUUUAUUCUGUACUUUUUUCAAACCAUGUAAUGAUUACCAUUUAAGUGCAUUUGCUACAUAAAAAAAUGUUAAGUGAAAGGACUCAAAUAAAGUGCCCACAUUUCAAACUUG